UCGUCUGGAACGGUCGCUAGUCCGUCUUUCGUUCUUCAUCGCAAUCGUCAAGUGAUAACGUGGGAAACAAAGGCUUUCCGAGAUGGGGCAAUCGCUGCCGCUGCUCAUCCGCCUGCUGGUCGUUGUCUGGCUGACAAUUAGUACGGUCACCGCCUGUCCCCGGGCGCCCACCCACUUGAACCACGGCCGACGCACACGCGGCGACAAUGGAUACAAACUAAUUGUGGCCGAUGGACCCAACGGAUAUGUGCCCGGCAAGACGUAUAAUUUGCUUCUGCUCGGUUCCCGCACUCACACGAAAAUCCAGCAUUUUACCCAUUUUACCAUCGCUGCUGAGGCACACACUGGAGCUCGGCGUCCCCAGGCAGCCAGUCCGAGGCGUGUAGGUCGCUUCCAGUUGUUCAGUGAUUCGCUGACCCAAUUCAACGAUCGGUGCGUAAACACCGUCUCCGAGGCGGAUGAUCUGCCUAAGACGGAGGUUCAGGUGAUGUGGGUCGCCCCAGAGUCGGGGUCCGGCUGUGUCUCCCUCUCGGCAAUGGUGUACGAGGGGCCACGCGCCUGGUUUGCCGACGAUGGCCAACUGUCCACGGUGAUUUGUGAGCGAAAACCAGAUGCAGCCGCUGCGCAGAAGGAGUGCUGCGCCUGCGAUGAAGCGAAGUACAGCUUUGUUUUUGAGGGUAUCUGGUCGAAUGAAACACAUCCCAAGGACUAUCCCUUCGCCAUUUGGCUGACCCACUUCUCCGAUGUGAUUGGCGCCUCGCAUGAGUCCAACUUCUCGUUUUGGGGGGAGAACCACAUAGCUACCGCCGGCUUCCGGUCCCUGGCGGAAUGGGGAUCACCUGCUGCUCUGGAAACGGAGCUGCGAGCCAAUGGUCCCAAGUUGCGUACCCUGAUCAAGGCCGCUGGUCUGUGGUACCCGAAUGUCAACCAGAACACAUCCUCCAAGUUCCGCGUGGAUCGCAAGCAUCCCAAGGUGUCGCUGGUAUCCAUGUUUGGUCCCUCUCCCGAUUGGGUAGUUGGUAUCAGUGGCUUGGAUCUCUGCACCGAGGACUGCAGUUGGAAGGAAUCAAUGGAAUUUGAUCUAUAUCCCUGGGAUGCGGGCACCGACAGUGGGAUCUCAUACAUGUCACCCAAUACGGAGACGCAGCCACCGGAGAGGAUGUACCGCAUUACCACCAUGUAUCCCGAGGACCCCAGGGCUCCAUUCUACAAUCCCCAGAGCCGCGAGAUGACUCCUUUGGCCAAACUAUACGUGAGGCGGGAAAAGAUUAUCUCCCGAAACUGUGACGAUGACUUCCUGCAGGCUCUUCAGCUGGAGGUGUCCGACGAUGCCGAGGAGCAGACAUAAGAGGUGAUCUAUUACCCCGCAGCGGAGUGCCGUGUGAACGAGUAUUCCGCCUGGAGCCCGUGCUCUGUGAGCUGCGGCAAGGGAAUUCGAAUGCGCAAUCGCCAGUAUCUCUAUCCCCAGGCAGCGGAGCAGUCCAAGUGCAGUCGCCAGCUGGUGUCCAAGGAGAUGUGCGUGGCACCCAUACCCGAAUGCGCUGAUGGGUCCACCUCGCAGCGCGAUCGCGAUGAGGACGAGGGCGAGAACCUCGCCAACUCGCAAUCCCUGGUAGGAGACAAUGGUGAAGGCGCCGGCCUGUGCAAGACCUCGCCGUGGAGCGUGUGGUCCGAGUGCUCGGCCAGCUGCGGCAUCGGUAUCACCAUGCGCACGCGCACCUUUGUCAAUCAUUUAGGACGCAAGCGAUGCCCCCACAUUACGAUCGUGGAGAAGAACAAGUGCAUGCGGCCGGACUGCACGUACGAGCAGGUGGAGCUGCCCGAUCCCCACUGUCCCACCUCUCAGUGGAGCGACUGGAGCCCGUGCAGCUCGACCUGCGGCAAGGGCGUGACCAUACGCACCCGCCUCCUGCUGCUAGAGAAUGGACCGGAGAAGGAGAACUGCACACGCCGCAUGGAGCUGCACCCAAAAGAGUGCGUCAAUCCCACCAGCUGUCACAUUAAUGCCGAACAGGCCAAGGACAUCUGCGUUCAGGCGCCAGAUGCGGGUCCCUGCCGUGGUAGCUACCAAAGGUAUGCCUAUAAUCCGCAGUCACAGCGCUGCGACUCCUUCAGCUACGGCGGAUGUCGCGGCAACCGAAACAAUUUCCUGACGGAGAACGAUUGCCUGAACACCUGCAAUGUGAUCCGGAGUGCAUCCCGAUCGGCAGCUGAUCCACACAAGCUGCCCAAGGACUGCGUGCUUUCCGAUUGGUCCACUUGGUCCCCCUGCAGCGUCAGUUGCGGAUCCGGCUUCUCCGAGAGCUACCGCUACGUGGUCAGUGAGCCACAGAAUGGAGGUCAACCGUGCUCCAAGCGCCUGGUCAAGCCGCGCCGUUGUUCCAUGCCCGCCUGCUGAGCCCUUACUGUCAUUUCUUAAGUUGAGCAUCCUGUUCACAUCCUUGAAUCUGUAUCAUCAUAUUUGGGUUCUUAAUAAAGGUAAAUUUUUGAAUAUAUAUUUUA